GUUUGUCUGGCAGAUUUUUAGUGUACGACUUGCGAAGCUAACAUACAAACAGACAGUUCCCGCAGAGCAGGGGCUCACCUGAGAAAGGUGUCCCUACAGAUGGAGGAGGGGGGAGGACACCCCCACUGUGCCAGUGGGCAGCAGGUGCAAACCAAGGAAGCAGAGGAUUCUGCAACCAAAAGACCACGGAAGACAAAUACGGAACAUGGAGCUGGAAACCCAGGCAGGAACAGUCGAGAGAAGGAGAGGAGAAGAAGGAGAAAUCAAAGAAGAAAAAAUGCUAAAGGAGAGGCAGAUGUCAAAAGUGAAAACACACAGAAGGAUCAGAAUAAGGCUAUGGAGACUGAAAGCAGCCAAACUCAGGACAGCGAGUCUUUAAAAACACAGCCUGAGGUUCCCCAGACUCAAGACAACUUGCAAAAAGGGGAAAACAGCGGCGAACAACCACAGAAAGAUCCUAAGAUGGUGCAAGCUCAGACUCAAACAAGGAAGCUCAAAGGCUCAGAUAAAGUCACACAGACUCAAGUUGUUACUCAGAAGAAUCAGGAAACACAGACAGACUUUCCUGUGCCAAAACAAGACGAGGGAAAGGGUGAAAAGACUCAACCCGCCACAGAGAAAGCUGCUGAGGUGCAAGAAGAUCAGAAGAAGCACACAUCUGGACCCAAGCUGCAAGGAGACAGCUCAGUUCAGACUCCAUCAGAGCAAAAUCCAGAAGGAGGAGCAUCAUCAGAGCCAGCCAAGGAGCAAAGAAACGAGAAGGAGUCAAAGCCUAAACAGGAGAAUCCCUCUGCAGAAGGUUCAGGUGGUGCAUCUCAAACUGAAGAAGGUGCCAAACAGAAGUCUUAUGCCAAAGCUGUGGCUGGAGUUGGAGGGAGUGACAAACAGUCCACCGUGGCAGCCACUAACACGGCAGAAAAAACAUCCCAAAGCACACGUGAUCGAAGCCCAGUGAGACCUCCACCCGGAGUGCCUAUGUUCACCUUUCACAUCUACGCUGUGCUGGACAAAGCGUUUAGAUUCAACCAACAACUCGACAGACUUGUGCUGGGUUUUGAACAAAUGCAUUUGCCCUUCGAACUGACACACUUUGUUGGAGUAAAGGGAGGCUAUCUGGUGGAAGCUCGCCUCUGUGUUGAAGAAAGAGAUUUAGUACGAGGUGCGGUAUGGUCUUAUUGGUAUGGUGUACAUCAACGAGAUAAAGCGAUUUGGGGAAUGGCCAUGAGGCGUGUUCAAAUUCCUUUAAACCCAAGCAUUAAAGAGCUUCAUCUUUAUGAAGGAUUCAUUUGCCGUGACAAUGUACCACAAAGUGUUUGGCAAAAAGGUCUCCACAUGUUUGGCUUGAAGAACUCAAAAGGUGUGGAGAUUUCAAAUGCCUGGCAGUCCUCAGCUACAACUCUGCUGAACACAAUCUUCCAGAAAUGGACUCCAUCAGAUAAACAGAGCACUGAGAGCUUGUGUCAAAGUUUGAGGUAUUUUAUAGAGAGCCUCGGUUCUGCUCACGAUAGGAUGGCAUACCCAGAUUAUUCACAUCCUCCUCAGGUCAAGGUGUCAGAGCUGAUUUCAGAGAACUUGCUCCAGAUCUUAAAAGGAGAGCCGAAGGAGAAGCUCCCGAGCUCCUGCAGGGACACUAGUCCUCUCGUUCUGGGGCUUUCUGUUUUCAUGGUUACCCAAAGUUGUAGCAUUAACCUUGGAGUUAAAGGCUGGGCUGAGCUGUGUCUCCUGGUCUCACGGUCUGCACUGGACAACAAAAACCUGGAUGGGUUGCAGAGUUGUUUCACAUUCACACAACACACGGUGCUGGGUCUGAUAAACCGCUGUGUCCAGUACAUGGUGGCAGAGGUCGUCCUGCUCGUUCCUCUCCUCUUCAGACUCAGACAGCCUGGAGCUGAUGCAAUGAAACUGGGUCCCACUGUUGAAGAAGAGAACUGGUCUGGACUACAAGGCAUCAAUUUCAGUGGAUUCAGAGAGAGUAUCCAGUUCUACUCUGACAAAAGAAGGAGGAUGCUCUCUCUGAUCCAGGAGCACUUAUCACUGGCUACAGAGACGCCUCUGCUCCUGGUGAGCUGGUUAUCUCUGGUUGCAUUUGACGACCUUCCUGAAUUUCCAGACCUGACAGGAGUAUCUGCAGAACAGCUGAUCCAGAGUCUGUUGUACAGACUGAGAAAAUGUGGUGAAAGACCAGAUUUAAAGAAAGACGAAGAGAAUUUAAAGCACGCUCAGAAGUGCUUUACCCACAUCCUGCUGAAGGUAGACAGAGAGAAGGACAGAAUUAUUGAAAGUGAAACCAUCAAACAUGCGCUCGCGAGCAGCAUCGAUGUUGCAAAGAACACGUGCCGCUUAGUGCGAAUCGUCCCGUGGUACCAGGCCAUCGUCCUCUCCUACCAGCUGGUGCUGAAGGUGGCAGCGAUUUUGGAGGCUAAACUGAGAAAAGAGUCCAAAGAAGAUGAGUUUGAGACCUUAAAGCAGCAGCUUCUGAAGGACUUGUUUGCAACGCAGGACCGAAUCAGACAGAGGAGAGACGAACUGCUUCCAAACCCGCUCCUGACAUCAUCAAAAUCACUCAGCUAUCCAAAGGAAAUCGAGAUGUGGGACGCGCUGCUGAAGGUCGAGGGCUCUUCUGAGGAAGUUUCAUCCCGCUGGAGGCGGAGCCUGGAAAAAGACCUGAGGAAGAGGGUGUCCAAGAUAAGUGACGAGGACAAAGUCAUGCUCUGCUGCCUCGAGUCUUCCCAGACUGCAUUAAGUAAAAGCCAUGAAGUCAUACAGGCCUGUUUGGACGAGCUGUGUCACUCUGCGAUCAAGGCAAUCUGCCAGAGAAGGAAGGAGGGAGACCUGAUGCGAAGUCUGACCUCUAAGGUCAGAUCAGCACUUCCUGCUGCUGUUGUGUCUGCUGUGGUGGUCGAGUCAGCUGCACGGUUCAGAGACAGCGUGGUGGUUCAGCUGCUCGACCCUCAGUCCGCCGUGAGCCAUCUCCUGUUAAAGGGUGACUGGAAGGCGAUCCAGGUGGACGACACCGCAGGGCAGGUGGUCCACAGCUGUGUGGAGGCCGUACACUCUCUGGUGGGGUCUCUGCUUCAAGGAGACGUGGCUCUGGGAGACCUGCAGACCUGCCUGAAACACCGGGAGCAGUUUAAAAAGCUUUUCAAGCAAUACAAGACAAACGCUAAAUCUGAGAAGGUUCCUGUCAGUGCGGACGAGGUUUUAGCUCAGAGAGAGAAAGAUCUGAACAUGUUCUUGCAGAGGAAACAGCAGAUUGAAGCUCUCAUAAAGAUGAUAGCAAAGGUUACAGAAAGCAUCACAGUUCCUGAGAUGUCGGCCCUGGAGGAGCAGCACAGUGCAGAUCUCCACGCUGUGAGCCUGAACAAACUGAUGCUUGUUCAGCCCUUUGAUGCUGAAGGCAAAUUAAAGAGUGCCGGCUCUCCACGCAUCCUCUGGUACAAAACCAGUAUGAAUGUCUUAAAAAUGGCCACAGAGAUGCACAAACUGCAAGACAGCAACCUGAUUCUGUCCUCGUGGGUCAAAGGAGCUGCAUCUUUGGCAGCCAGAAGUCCCUUCCAAGCUCCGGUUUCAGUGAACCUAACACAGGUCUGCGACAACAUCUGGAACCCCCUGCUCACCGAGUUUGCUGACCUCGCCGUGAGCAUUGCAGAAGCAAAUAUCACUUUUAGGCAGCUCGAUCGGGUUUUGCUUGAGUCUGGGGACCAGGGUGAUGGGAAAAUCAUAAAAACAGAGCUGGAUCUGAUGUUGGAGAUGUUUUCUGAGGCAGGAGGGUCCAAACCUGAGGUCAACUGGAUGAAGAUGAGACUCGAUCAGAUCCAGAAGUAUAGACAGCUCCACGAGGCGGCGGCUGCAGCCAGCGCCGUGCUGAAGGUCGCAGGAAAAAUGGGGCUUUCUGGAAACUUCACUGAGAUCGAAACACUCAGUCAACUGCAAGAGGACAGCUUUAAGCACAGGGCUCUGAGCUCUCUGAGUGACGACCUGUUUCGUGCCAGACAGCAACUCUCCAAGGUCACCAAGCAGAACACCGCUUGCCUGGAAGAGUUUCUAGCGAGCCAAACUCUUGUCACCUGGGUCAAAGAGAACCUUAAAAACAUGAGCGAUGUGAAGGUUUACGUGGAUCUGGCUUCCAUAUCUGCUGGAGAGAACGACACAGAGAUCGAUCAGGUGGCCUGCUUCCAUGAUGCGGUGAUGGGCUAUGCCCCUCUGCUCUACUCCCUCUCCCCUCGAGCUGGCUUUAAUGAAUUCAUGAGGUGUGCUCAGCAGGUGUGGGACGCCCAAAGUAGAGAUGAGAAGCUCCCUGACAAACUGAGCGAGUCUACCCGCUUACUGAGCUGGCUAAAAGCACUGAAGGAGACUCACGGCUCUGUCGAGCAGUCCUCCCUCUCCUUGGCUUCCUCUAUUAAUGCUAAUGGAGUUUAUCACAUAAAAUGGUCCGAUAAAAACACACAGAGGAGAUGUCUUCAAAACAUGGUGAAGGUCACAGUGAGAAGCAGCAGAGAGGAGAAGAGCUACAAGCUGGAGGAUCUGCUCGAGCUACAAAACAAACUCAUGCUCAUGUCAUCCAAAGGGGAGCACGGCAGAGAGCAAGUCAACAGGUUCACAGAGGUUUUUGAGGGAGUUCAGAGACUGGGCACCAUCCUUCUUCAGAUGCAAACAUCUGGGAACAUGCUCUUCAGAGACUGGCACGCUGAGGUCGAGUGCUGCCAACAACAGCAGCAGCCAUGCAUCAGAGUCACCUUCUUGUCCCUGAAAGGUAAACAGAUGACAUACUACGGUGAGGUGACAGCGCAGCUGCAAAACCUCGCGCAGUCCAUGGAUAAGUGCCAGAAGGAAUGGCGUUCCUUCAUCAGCAGCAUGCGCUCCCGCUUUGGCUUGCUGAACCACUACACCUCGGAGCAGAUGGUUUAUUUGUGCCACUGGAUACACAAAGUGUGUCAACGCCAGGCGUCUGUUCCUCAGCAGUUAUGGCACUUACUGUUUCCCAUAAAACCCGAGUGCACGCCAAAUGAUGUCAGACACGCCUACAGUAAUGCAGCAAGAAUGAGCUCGAACGCUGAGGAGUUAGAAGAUGUUUCAUCUGAUGACGACGACAUGUAUUACGAACCUUCAAAAGAUGUGAUGCCAGCGCAACAGGCUGAAGUGGACAUGAAAGAGGCUUCCGACUUGAUGGAGUUUUCUUCGGAUGAUGAAGAAGAUGAAGAGGAUAAUCUUGAGAAUCUCUGGCAGCAAUUCAAAAAAGACAUGAGUCUUUACCUGAGUGAGUCGCUGGAUAUCUUGACACUAGCCAACUUCCUCUCAUGCCUCUCUGAGAUGAACCAGCAGCACACAAUCAGAAACCUUCUGUCAGUUCUCCAGGAAGGAAAACCCAAUCUCGUUCUGUGCCCCAUUGGAGAGGUUUUUACCACCACCCUCUCUUUGUACAUGGAGAGUCCAGAGCAGCCUCUGCCGUCUGUUGAUGAGGUUCUAGUCUGCAGAGAGGAAACCACAGAAGAGGAGGUGGAGAUCUUUCUGCGCCGUGCUCUGAGUCAAGGCUACAGACAAAACUGCCAGAAGAUAUACUCUCUGGUGAAUCCAGGGCUGCUGGGAUAUGAUGUCAGUGUAGCUUUAGGGGAGAUCUUCGACAGUCUUGAGAGAAGUGCCGGCCCGCAUUAUCGUCUGGUCAUAGUGAGUCCGGUUGUGCACCAGCACAGAUACGUGCCCUCUUUCUUCAGCAAUGAUAAAGUGCAGGCUGGUGUGGGUGUAACAGCGGAGAAUGCCAGGAAAUAUCUACAUCACCACUUCACAGAAAACACGCUUCAGCCAAACCCCGUCACACUGGUUUCUCCAGACAAGCUCUCAGUCUGGAUCGUGUCAUCUGAGCGCCCUGCAGUCGGGAAAUCACUUUACAUUGAUCGUUUGUUUGAGAAGUUCCAGGAGAUAUCUCCUAGAGCAAAACAUAUCAGCCUCAAGCUGAUUGAGCCAAGCGUUGACAUAGACUCACUGAUUAGGAGUCUGUCAGAGAAACUGGAGCCUUUGAGAGAGCAGGAUCCUGUCAUUCUGCACAUCGACACUGCUGGGGUUCGUUCAGGUUUGGAAGAGCUCUUGUUCCACCUGUUAGUUCUGGGGUGUUUGAACGACAGCCAUGGCAUGCUGUGGAGAAGAAAUGUGGCUCACUUAAUCACAGUUGAGGUCCUGAAAACAUAUGCAUUCCCCCCAAAUCAUCAACAAGAGACAAAGCUUGGACUUCUUGAUGUUUUGCCCACCAUUCGUUGUAGGCCUCCAAGAGAGGUGAUGCAGUUAUUGGCCAAUCAAAGGUCAUUAAGAGUUAAGACCUUUGAUCCACUGAUGGAUGGUCAGGAGUUUUGCAGUGAGGGAAUUCAAAGACCCUAUCAGUACUUAAGGCGUUACAAGGCGAAACAGGAUCUGGAUCAUUUUAACUACCAGGAGGGUUCCAGAAUGGGGGAUCCCAGUGACUGUCUCAAUCUCUUCCUGUCCUACUGUGGGAUGCAAGAUCCAUCCUGGGGUGAGCUGAAGAACUUCUCCUGGUUCCUCAAUGUGCAGCUGAAAGACUGUGAGAACUCAGUUUUCUGUGAUCGAGAAUUUCUUGCUGACCAGCUUCCUGGUUUCAAAGGGUUCAUCGUAAAGUUCAUGAUUCUAAUGGCGAGAGAUUUUGCCUCACCAUCUCUGGACAUGUCCGAUGAAAGUCCCAUGCCACUCAUGGAGAACAGUCAGGAAGAGGAACUUCUGGCCCGUCUGACAAUUCGUAAGCACUGGGAAAAUGAGUCUCAUCCAUACAUUUUCUUCAAUGCGGACCACAUGUCAAUGUCUUUCCUCGGCUUUAAUGUACAAAGAUGUUGGCAAAACACACUCAAUGCAGUUGAUCCUCGCAGCAAUGCAGUCCUGAUACACAAUGUGAUGUCACAAGAGCUUUUUCAAGGUUUGCAGCGGCAGAGGAUAUCUCUCACUGAGGACUUUGAUCAGUUACCCCGGGCAGACAAAAUCAAAAGGAUUUCUUGCGUUGUUGGAGCAAAGAAAGGAAUUGCAGACAAGCGAUUUGAUCCAGACCCUACCUAUGAGCUCACUGCUGACAAUGUGAUGAAGAUGUUGGCCAUACAUAUGAGAUUCCGAUGUGAAAUUCCUGUUGUCAUCAUGGGUGAGACUGGCUGUGGAAAAACCAGAUUGGUUCGUUUCCUUUGUACUCUACAAAGGGAGGGAAGAUCAGUCGAGAACAUGGUACUUGUUAAGGUGCAUGGUGGAACCACUGCAGAAAUGAUCUACAGGAAGGUGAAGGAGGCCGAGGCACUUGCUCACCAGAACCGUGUGAAGCACAAUCUAGACACCAUUUUAUUCUUUGAUGAAGCCAACACCACAGAGGCCAUUUUUGCCAUCAAGGAAAUCCUGUGUGACCGAACAGUGAGAGGACAACCUUUGAAGGCUGACAGCGGUUUAAAAGUAAUAGCUGCCUGCAAUCCUUACAGGAAGCACUCACCUGAAAUGGUGGAACGCUUGGAACGUGCUGGAUUGGGAUACCGAGUGAAGGCUGAUGAAACAGAAGACCGCCUUGGCAAAGUCCCUCUAAGGCAGCUGGUCUACAGAGUUCACCCUCUGCCUCCUAGCAUGGCUUCUUUGGUGUGGGAUUUUGGUCAGCUGAGUGAUUCAACUGAGCUUUCCUAUAUCCAACAGAUUGUCCAGAAGAAAGUUGCUGACCAUCAUUUGCCACUAUCAUGCAAGAGCAUCAUUUCAAAUGUGUUAGCAGCCUCCCAGAAAUACAUGAGAAGUCGUAAAAACGAGUGCAGCUUUGUGAGUCUCAGAGAUGUGGAGAGGUCCAUGAAAGUGCUAAUUUGGUUUUACCAGCACAGCAAUGUCCUUUUCAGCAACUGCGCCCGUCUCAGUGAGGAUGAUAAAACACUAAAGUGCCUGAUUCUUGCAGUUGGAGUCUGCUACUACCCAUCUCUGGUGACCAAAGAGGAGUACCUGGAUAACAUUUGCAGGUACUUCCCGGAUUGUUAUCGCUCUUCAGAUGCACUGCAGACAAAGAUUUCUUCCUGUCAAGACUUCUUCCUUCAGAACAUACAAACCAGGGAGACUAUAGCCAAAAAUGUUGCACUUAAAGAGAAUGUGUUUCUCAUGGUGGUUUGUAUUGAGCUCAGGAUCCCACUCUUUCUGGUUGGCAAGCCAGGCAGCUCAAAGUCACUUGCAAAAACUGUGGUUGCUGAUGCCAUGCAGGGACAGAAUUCCCACUGCGAGCUAUUCAAGAAUCUCAAGCAAGUUCAUAUGGUCUCCUUCCAGUGCAGCCCUCACUCAAGUCCAGAGGGCAUCAUAGGAACAUUCAGGAACUGUGCUCGCUUCCAGAAGGAUAAAAACAUGGACGAGUAUGUGUCAGUGGUAGUGCUUGAUGAGAUAGGACUAGCAGAAGAUUCUCCUCAGAUGCCACUGAAAACUCUUCAUCCUCUUUUGGAGGAUGGUUGCAUCGACAAUGACAAGCCAGAUCCACACAUGAAGGUCGGCUUUGUUGGCAUCUCCAACUGGGCUCUGGAUCCAGCCAAGAUGAACAGAGGGAUAUUUGUGUCCAGAUGGGAUCCAAGUGAGGAUGAACUUGUUGAAACUGCCAAAGGCAUUUGUUCAUCCUCCAACCCAAUUCUCCUGAAAAUCAAACACCUCUUCCCAGCUUUGGCAAAGGCCUUUCUGAGCAUCUGUAAGGAGACCUCCAAGAAUCAGUUCUUUGGCCUGAGGGAUUAUUACAGCCUUGUCAAAAUGCUCUUUGCUGCAGUCAAAACUACACAGCAUGAGCCGGAUGGUGAGCAGAUGGUAGAGGCCAUCUUACGUAACUUCAGUGGACAGCCAGAAGGUUUUGACCCUGUCAUAUUUUUCCAAGAGAUUCUCCAAGACCUUAAAGAAAUUCCAAGACCAAGCACCCUGCAAAUGGUGAAAAAGAAUCUUGAUCAUGGCACCACUGAGGAGAGCCGGUACCUCCUUUUACUGACCACCAACAAUGCAGCUCUCCAUAUCCUUCAGCAACAAGUGUUUGCCAAAGGAGACAAUCUACAGCCAGAAAUCAUUUUUGGUUCAGGAUUCCCAAAGGACCAGGAAUAUGCCCAAAUCUGCCGUAAUGUGAACCGAGUGAAAACAUGCAUGGAGACUGGACGUACUGUCAUCCUCCUCAACAUGCAGAAUCUCUAUGAAAGCCUCUACGAUGCCUUGAACCAGUACUAUGUUUACCUCAGUAAGCAGCAGUACGUUGAUCUGGGUCUUGGCUCCCAUAGGGUCAAAUGUCGUGUUCAUACAAACUUCAGACUGGUGGUAGUGGAGGACCAGAAGAAGGUGUAUGAGCACUUUCCAGUGCCCCUUAUCAACAGGCUGGAAAAACACAGAGUGGAUAGGAGCACCGAUCUGGAGCCGUGGCAGCACACAGUUCUUGACAAACUGAGAGAGUGGGUGAAGGAGUUCUCCGGCGAGGCGUCAGAUUUCAAACAAUCUGACAUUUUUAUUGGCUUCCAUGGUGAUGCCUGUGCCAGCGCUCUGUUGCAAGCCCUGGAAAGGAGAGCACUAAGAGUGGAAGACACUCAAGAAGCACAAGGCACUCAAGAAGGACCGCAGCAACAGGGAGAACGAAACAAAACACUUGAGACAAGCGCGCAGAAAGAUGUAAUUCAGCUGGAAGAUGAUCAGGUGGGUGAUGCAAUGGAAACAGAUCAAGAAACUGAGACAUGUGAAAAGAAUGAUGAUGAAUCCAUUGAGGUAUGUAAUGAAAACAAAGUGAUGCCAGAAAGUGAAGCGAUGAUGGACGCAGAAAGUGAUUUUGAGUCUGCAAGACAAAAUGAGGAGGACGAAGUCUUGGAUUUAGCCAAAGGUCUCUUGUUAAACUGUGCCACUCCUGAUGCCGUGGUGAGGCUCAAGUAUUCAGAUUUAGCAAAGCAAGAAAUAGACAAACUCCAGAGAUUGUACUUCCAGCAACAGCAUCACCACUCACUUCGGGAUUUUCUGGAAGAUUGCUUGAAGGUGUAUCAGGAGUCCAGCAAGUUUCUGGAGGUUACUACAUUCUCCAGCUUGUUAACCAAAUCAGAUGUCAAGGUUGUAGCCCACGCUCUAGGACUGCACACAGACAGGAUCCUGCUACUGUCACUCCACCAGUUCGACACUGAAGUCUCUUUCUGCAAUAAAAUACGGGGUUUCCUUCAAAACGCUGGCCACUCUCUUCAUAUUCUGCUAAUCCAAAUGGACCUCGAGGAAUCCCGCUGCAGCAGCGAGCUCAUUGCAUCAGCAAAAUACUGCACCAUGAAUUAUCUGAUGUCACUGGAGGAUCACACUUGUUGGGUGAUUUUCAUUGUGAAGGUUUCAAGGAUCCCAAGUCAUUCCCAGUACAUUGGUUUCCAAGGAGGAGUUUGGCACUCGGUGCAUAUUGACGACCUGAGAGAUUCGGAGGACAUGAGCCUGAACCUGUCGGCUUUCUGUGGAACUCUGAUUAGCAGCCUGCUCAAACCUGCCCUCACAGCAAACCACGAUGAUAUAGAAACCUUGAGGGGAGGAGAGGCCUCUAAAGAAGACAGACAUAGCGACAGAGCUCAGCUUGACAGAUUGUCUUUAGUGAGGUCUUGCAUCCAGAAAGCAGUGGGUUUGCUGAGGGACCCCGACGGCGUGGCUCCAAGAAGUAUGGCGAGGAUGCACGUCCUUCUGAACCUUCUAGGAGCUGGUGAAAACCACACAGGAGCUCACUUUCAGAGGUUGUUGUUGAGCAGACUGGUUGAGGCGUUGGCACAAAGAGAAGAAACGAUGCACGCUCCUAAAGAGUGGGUGUGCUCAGAGGCCAAGAAACGCCACGCCCUGCAAGAGGGAGGGACUCUGAGACACACCCUGUGGCGCUGUCUUCAGUCCGCCGUGACACCGAUCCUGGUCAGCAUGUUGGAGGUUAUGGACCGGUAUGCGAAUCUGGAUCUGCUCUCUGAUGACAGGACCAGUCAGGGCCUGAUACAGCUGUGGUUGGACAUCCUGGGAGACUCGCAGGCUUUACACCUAACACCUCUCCAAAAACAAAGUGAGUCAGAUCAGGAGGUGCUUGUGCAGCACCCCUUCAUGCUGGAUGGUGAAGAGCAGCCCUGCUCGGCCCCGUUCAGCUGGCUGGUCAGCAUGCACCUCGAGACUCUGUGGGAAGAAUCUGAAUUUAUGCCAGUAACAAAAGAGGGUGGUGCAGAGAGGAUUCUCCAGUUUGUGAGCACCUUCAACAACAGCAGGCUCGGCAGUCACCUCCAGAAACUCUCAGAUGGGGACCGUUUGGAUUACGCCCGCCGCUAUCUGCACGACUUCCUGCUGCUUUCUUUGAAGAUCAAGUCAAAGGAGGAGCUUAAGGUGUUCACCAAGGCCAUGCUGGGCUGCGUGUGUGAGCUUCAGACGUCCACAGGCACCAAAGCUGACGUCUCUCCUGCUUGGAUAAUGGCAGCUUCAAAGCAUUUUGCACCCAGACUGGACACCCUCUGCCACAUAUUUCUGCUGCAGCCCCAGCUAGCCAAUCAUGUCGCACAGCAGGGGCCAAACUGGGAGCUGGAAGAAAUGGUGGAGGACAUUGUAGCUCUGGGUAUCUGUGUCGAGGAGACCAAACGUCUGACCGUGACUUCCCUGGACGAGUGUGAGUCCUUUAUGCGCAGGGUGGAGUUGCUGCAGCCGUGUUUGGAUAGAGCAUUCGGUCAGAAAUACAGCGCCCUGUGUGGCCCUGCCAGUCUACAACACCUGGACUCUAUCAGGUCACUGUGGCAUGGGAUGCUGGUCGUUGCAUCUUUCAUCCAGCAUGUCACCUAUAAAGUUAAACAGGACGACUCGAGAUUGAAAGAUCUGGCUCUCAAACACUGCAACCUUCACCUGAACCUGAUGCAAGAGUCUCCUGAUGUAAAAAGCGUGGACACGCUGAAGCAGCUGAUCCGCAUCCUCAAUUCUUUCCACGAGGAGUGCAUCAGCAGGGACCUGAGGUUUGGCAUUUCUUGCCCGGUUUGCCUCUCUGAGUUCAAAGAGCCGUCCGUCCUGCCGUGUCAGCACGUUAUCUGUCUGCCGUGUCUCCAGCGCUGCAUUCACCCCCACAGGCGAUGCCCUAAAUGCAAGAAGGAACUGCCAUCCAACUUCAACCCCACUGUUUCUCCCACCAUCAAGAAAUCCCUAGAACAGCAGGCGGCCAUCAGACGCUGCUGUAACGCCUUCUUCCUGGAGGUGGUGUCCAGGUUCUGCCUGUCGGAGGGUCAGAGCCCAGAAGAAGGGGUCGUGGAGCUGCUCUUCUCUUUACUUGUGUUCGCUACCGGAGACGUGUACAAGACCAGAGAGCUCACUCCCUUCCUGGAGUGUGUGGAUAACAGUCCGGUGGUCCGAUCUGUGCUGCCGAAGCUGCUGCUGCAGUACAGCUUUGCCCAGGUGAAGUCUCACAUUCACACCUACCUGAAGAACCUGGAGGAAAAUCUUCUAGAUAUAGAAGACCGCACUGAACUCUACCUGCUGUUCGUCAACUGCUUCCAGGAUUCUCUGUGGUGCUUCAAAGCGAGAGACGUGGAGAAGAGCGUAGAACAGCAAACACAAAGCGAUAUCAGCUUCCUGAGCAGGAUCGCCAGGAAACAGACUCCAGACAGACAGGAAGACCCGGCAGAGUUCCUGCUCAACACCGCCAGGCUCAGAAUCUGUUUGAGCACCGCUGCAGAGCUGCUGGAGAGAGCCACAGCUCAAGGUGGAGAAAUGGAGGCUAAUCAGUACCUGAGACAGGUGAGGGGUGUGUGUGAGUACAGCAGUAAUGAUUGGCUCAAGGUUUACCUGCUGCGAGCCCUCCACAGACGCUCUGGCAUCGAGCGCAUCCUGUCCCUGAUGAACAGUCCGGCCUCAAGGUGGAUCUUCCCUGCAGAGGUGCUUCGACUUCAGAGAUUGAUUCCGACUAGCGUGGAUAAUUUCCUUUGCUGCGGGGCUUCUUAUCGAGCCAUGAGAGACGCUGUAGCUCAAGUUCUUCUGGAGAACCACUCUGACACCUUUGUGACAGAGCUAAAGAAACUUGAAGGUUCUCAGAUCAGCCUCCUGGCCCUGGCCUUGUUCAGACAGGUCACCUGUCGCUACAAGUCACCUGAUGUCAAAAUACAUCCCUCCAAACAGGACACAGCAAGGCUGGAAGAGCUCCUUGGAAAAAACAUCAAAUCAGGGGAAUUCAGGAAUUUCUGCACUUCACUUCUUUCCAGUCACAUUGGCGGACCACAUUCACGUCUCCAUAUAAGCCAGAACCUGCCAGCUCAGAGGCAAACCCUCCUGGAGCUGCUGGUCCAUCUGGUCUCUGUGCUCCUCAGUGAAAGUCCUCUGCUCGUUCCUCUUCGUCAGAUAGCCUUCCAGCCUGAGAACGUCACAAACGCCUUCCUGCCGACCAUGCCGGAUGAUCACACAAAUGAAGCCAGACAGUGGUUGACAGGCGAGAUCAAACUACAGACCUACACGUGUGCCAACGGGCAUGUGUGUUUUGUGGGAGAGUGUGGAAGACCAAUGGUUACAUCGAGAUGUCACUGUGGGAUGCCAAUCGGUGGAGUAGGACAUGUCCCAGUGUCUGGAUUUACACAGCACACAGUGCAGGGAGAUCAGACGCGUACAGGACACAUUUUAGGAGAAGCUCAUCAGCGCUCUGAAGCCCCAGAAAGGCAGAUGACGUACGCUCAGUCCUGCGUCCUGCGGCUGCUCACGCACCUCGCCAUGCUGCAGGGUGCCAUAAAAAAUCAGAGAGAAGUCGGUGCAUUGAUCCACCCCACACCGAAUGAUGUCUUUAAAUUCCUGUGGCAACAUCUUGAAAAGGACAUGAAGGUUUUGGGGAAGACUCUGGAUCAGAACAUGGACAACACAGCGAUUACAGUUCAUCUGAUUCUGGCACGAUUCCCUGCAGGUUCCCGCAAUGCAAGACCCGAUCUGUCCUCCAGACAGAGGCGGGAGCAGUGGGAGAAGCUUGUUUGUGAUUCUGCCAUCAGCCCAGUGCUUCAGGAUUUGCAGAAAAAUCUGGCUGAAGCUCAGAACAGAAUUGGAGCUGAUGAUGGACUUGCUGGAAGCCCUUUGCUAAAUCUCCUCUUUGGGGAUCCUGGGAAAAUGCUGUCGUCCUCCUCUAACUGCCCGACACACCGCUCGUCCUUCUGGACUCUACCCGAGAUCGUCACAGUGGAGCGUUUUUCUCAGUUGGUGGAAGAAAAACAGGGACAGAGUGCUUUACGUCUCCUCAGCUUGUUUCUUAAGAAGAUUCACUGUGUGCGGCAGUUACAUCACCUUCCCGAGCUGGCUGCUUUACAGUCUGACCUGCUGAGGGUGUUUCCUCUGGCGUCACACUCCACACCGCAGACGAUUGCGCAGAGGUUACAGCAGAUACCAGCAGGGUACCAGAAGAAGAUGCUGAGUGAGAGAGUGGGCAGAUUCAUCAGAGUGUGGAACUCCCUCAGAGCAGAGGUGGCAAACAACUCAGCAGACUUGGGUGUGGAUGUGAACUUGUGUGAGAGGGAGGUGACAGCCGACAGCUCUGGGGAGUUUCUGACUCCGAGCCGACACGGCCCGGGGUCCGUUCUCCAAACUCUGGUCGACUUCCUGUCGGAGACUCACAACAGCCUGGUGAGAGAGGCCAGGCGAAUGAGCGGCGCCGAGGACAGUGAGUACAGCGUUCCUUUGGAGAGGAUAUCAGAAACCCAGCUGACACUGUGCCACCCAGAGAGAGAGCUGCUGCCCCUGGUUUUAGCCCAUUGCCAGUACACCUUGAAGAAAGGGGGCGAGACUGACAGCAGCUAUGACCUGCCAAUCAUCCAGACCCAACUGGCACGCCGCUUCCUGGCUGGAAAACCACUUAUCAAAGCGGACACCUCGAGGUACCUGAACCGACACCUGCAGGAUUUCUCCAUGGUUCUAACUGAAGUCAAAAAAAAGAUUCCUCAGGAACCGCUGAAGGGUUCGGUGAGCAGUGCCAUAAAAACAGUGCUGCGCUCUUACACGGAUGUUUGCGAUGCUGUGUUUGUGGUGGAGAUCGGCCUCCGAUUCCUCGGGAAAACAGGCGGCGAGCCCCAGGGUCAGCUUUUGUCCUACCUCACUGAUUCACUGCAGAUGGGCCCGCAGAUUUCAAGCACCGUAGCCAAGGGUCUUGGCCAAAGCAAACUGGAGCACAGCAUAUUCACCUGGCAGCUUCUGACUUGCUGGAAAUCAGAGCUGAUGCUCAACAGGAAGCAAGAUCCGUUUCAGAAACUGCCGUCUGAGUUCCAGGAGAAGCUUUCGGAAGAGCAGAAGAAAGACCUGAAGGCCUUCCUCGCUGUCACAGACGUCGACACCUUCACUUUGGAGCUGCAUGAAAUUCUUCUGCUGAAGACGAGCAGCGCUGUGCCUGACCAGGCUUACCAGCCACACUGGGACAUCAGGUCCACCUUAGAGAACCAUCUGGAGCUGAAAGACCUUCCACCCCUGCCGGAGCUCGAGUCUUUACCAGAGGAGAUCAGGCUGGGACAGAGCGCUGAUGUGUGGAGGGCAGCUGUGGAGUUUAAAAGGAGAUAGAGAGCAGAAAUGUUUCUAGAGUUGGCUGCCACAUUAUUGGAUACGUUGUUAUUAAAUGUGCCUUUAUACGAUGUAAAUAUUGUAAAUAAUUACAGUUGUUAAAUUUCUAUUACUUAAUUGUGCCACGUGCAAUCAGGGAACAAGUUAAUGAAUAAAUUAAGGACCUAAUACAGAUGAGGUAUUUCCCAGCAUGUCCACAAUCUUUAUUUUAAACUUUCAUCACAUACAGAGUGAUUAGAAGCCAUGACAAUCACUCACACACACAGUAUGAAGCAUCAGGCAGAAAACCAGUAAAUCAAAGAUAAUAAAGACAUGUUAGCAUGGGAACAUGCUCACUUAAUUUUAAAGAUAUUGCACAGUUUUAUUUCUUCUAUUUUCCUUGAAUGCAAAGAAUGAUCGAUUUGGAGAUUUAGUGCCAAAUAAAAUAGAUUGGAAAAAAAAA